GUGAUUGGAUGACACCAGGGAGGAUUAUGAGGUGUCAAGUUUCAGUUUACGCGCGGCCAUGGCCUGAUGCUUGCGCUCAGAGCUAUGGUAGACAUGAUUUCUGUUUGACUUGAAUUGAUCAUUGAUCUAAUUUGUUACUCCUUGAUUGCUUUCUACCGGCCUUCUUCCAACUAAAUGUGGACGGACGUCCCUAGUUUCGGUGCGCAUUGAGGAGAUUACACUGUACAGAAAUCUUUCGGCUUUUGAUCAGCGCUUCUCGAACCACAAGAUAAGCUAAGGUUAGGUAGAACCAUUGGAAGGUAAGCUUGUUUUGAGAAAUCGUGCGGCAAAAACUCGGUUGCAGGCACUUACGUGGUGCGUAUUCUUGGAUUGCUGCUGAGCUUGUUUAUGGUAAACAGGUUGCAGUAAGUUCAGGUAAAUAAUAUGGAUAAGAAUAGAUAUGUACACUGUAACAACAAGAAGUGUUCUUGGGGGAUCUAUCUGUUAAUUUAAGAUGGAAUCCAUCAGGAAAUUAAAUAAUUUCAACUUUCAGAGAACAAAAACCUUGAACCAGAAUAAUUUAAAUAAUAUCGCAUUCAUUUUUACAUUUUUCAAGGGCAAUGGAUAUUUAACAAUUAUUCCUCGAGCGCGAUUGGGCUCUGAGUCAAUAGCCCAUGAGGCCAAAGGCUGAAUGGGCUAUUGACUCAGGGGCAAUGAGAGGGCGAGAGGAAUAAUUGCUUUAGUAAAAUCCAACUUGUUGGUCAAAAAUGUCAAGACAAAACAACUUUAGCUAGCAAAACGCGAUUCAGCCGCCACUGUUUUGGUUUUCAAAGCCGGGGCUUUUUGCUACUUAUAGCCUAGUAGUAGCUCAACCGUUCAGAACACAGCAUUGAUAAUAGACCACUAGCUGGAUUUUACUAAAAUUAGUUAUCUGUUAUCUGUAGUAACACCAAAGACUAUUUCUCAUGGGAUCCCGCAAAAAUGUCAAAUUCAUAAGAAUUGUGAAAACACAGGUAAGAUUCUGAAAAUUUCAUGAGUAAGAUGUCAUUUUGUGAAAUUUGACAUUUUAUUUCUCAGGCUCUCAUAAGAAAUUUUCUUUGAUGUUAUUACAGAUAAGUAAAGGCAUCUAUAGCCCUUGAAAAAUGAACAAAAGAAUGCGAUAUUGUUAAAAUUAUUAUCCUUACAAGGUUUUUGUCCACUGAAAAUCAAAAUUACUCAAUUCCCUGAUGGAUUCCGUCUUAAUAUUUCACAUGUAUGCAUGAUCAUCAGAAAAAUCUCAAUGGAGUCCUUGGUAGCCUGCACACAGACACUUUAAACCUUGUACACUAUAUGCGAUACGUGGGCCGGCUUCACCGCAGGCUAAGUCCUUGGUACUCCUUGAUUUUUUAGUGCAUCUUGAAAAGUACUUGAAAUUUUAUGAUAGGCCCCUCUCCGUUUAGCAAAUUUCCUUAUUGGAGAGCAGUAUUCAAUUAGUGUUCUAGUUCAAAUAUGCCAUUUCAAACUGCCACUCUCUGUUACGUACUGUUGUGUGUUUUUAGAUAAGAGAUUCUGAUUCUUGAUGAAACAAGAUUUAGCUAGCUAGGUUCAUUGAUCAUCAAGAAAGACGUCAAAGCUACAUGUACACAAUGUAUAGAAAAUGGUUUACAGAUUUAGUGGUUUGCAUUUUUGUGUUGAAUAUUGAUAAUGUUUAGCUCUAUAGAUAGUGUCGUAAGGAAAAGCCCUUGAAAUAAAUGCCUUUUUCUGGCAUUUACUUUAUAGGAUCAGAUGGGUGUGAAUGAACUCUGGAAGAUACUGGAACCAGUUAAAAGAAAUGAAGACCUCUCUUCACUUCGAGGCAAAAAACUUUGUGUGGAUUUAAGUUUCUGGAUCUGUGAAUUUCAGAGUGCAAAGGGGCUGCAAGAAAAUGUCCCCAGUCCUCAUCUCCGAAAUCUUUUAUUCCGAGUUCUCUAUUUAUCAACAAGAUUAGGUGUGAAGCUGGUGUUUGUCAUAGAUGGAGAACCUCCUCAACUAAAAUGGAAUGCUAUAGUAAAGCGAAUUCAAGCCAGAAAUGGGGAGCAAAGUGGACAUUUAAGCCCACCAGGUGGGCGAAGAAUUGGGCGAUCACACUUUGCACAAUGGGUCAAUGAGGUAAGUUCCCCCUAGACUGGGUCGUAACAGUUAUCAUAUAUACAGUGACAGUUGGUAGAGUGGGUUGGAUGUAUAAGCGACUUAAAACCUGACAACUUGAGUGUAAGCUUUUUAUUAGAGAAUGGUGUGAUGGUAAUGAUGAUGGUAAGUUUUGCAGCAGUACAAGAGUACUACAAACUCUGGGUUGAAGAAAAAGACACAUUUCAAAGACACUGUUAUGUACUUACUUGACACUUUUGCAAUGUUUUUAGUGCUGCACUCUCUUAAAGCUCUUGGGAAUACCUUAUAUCGAAAGUCCAGGAGAAGGAGAGGCUCUCUGUGCCUGGCUUGAUCUCCUCGAGGUAGGUACCCAAAAAACACCAAGCCUUUUCUUUCCAUGUAGACUACCAAGUUAUAGUACAAAAAAAUUGGCCUUCAGGAUUGAUUCUUAAGAUUUAACAUAACAGAGCAGUUUCUUGUACACCUGACUGACCAAGGGCUAAUGGUUGAUAAGAGUACUGUCCAUGGAAAUGAUGCGAUGAUGGUACAAUAAUUUAUUUCUUUUUCUUUUUCUCACAUGCAUAAUGUCCUUAGAAACUUCAAUGAAAAUGGACAUCAAAAACUGUGAGUGUUAUUGUCAAAACUGUUCAGAACAAUUUUCCAUCGUCUAUACUCUUAUCCACCAUGGAAAUGGCGUAAAAAUGUUCCAAACUUUGCAGUGAAACCACUUGCCCGUGGCUCUUGGUUCCUUUUGCAUUUUGGCCCUUUUUAAUGUUAUUUCUAUGGUCGACAAGAGUACAGACCAUGGAAAAUUGUUGUUGAUUUGUUAAUUACUCAAUGCAACAUCAUUUUAUGUUUUUUAGAUUGUUGAUGGCUGUAUUACCAGUGAUGGGGAUGCAUUUCUAUAUGGAGCCAGAACUGUUUAUAGAGAUCUUCCCGUCUCUGGGAAAUCGAAGGUGGGUCUUUUUUGCCAUUUUUUUUAAGUGGGAGCUGAGAGAGUUUAAAUUUUUACAUUGCUGUUUGUGGGGUCCUUUUUCUGUUACACUGUUACGCCUUUUUGUUUUAUUUGGUAUGAUUCUCAGUGCUCGACUCUUAGAAAAAAAUCUUGGGACCAGCUGGCCCCCAAGUUUUCAUUUUUUGUCGCGAGAACAAGUAUUCUGGUCGCCAAAAAUUAUAUUAAUGGAUUUAGUUUUGUGAAGGAUAACGGAUUAUCGAUAGUGUACGUUUUCCCAAAGAAGAAAGUCAUCUAUCUUGGGGGCCAGGUUGGCAACCAGGCGUGAAAAUUUGGUCGCCACUGAGUAAAAGCUGAUCGCAUUGGCGACCCCACGGGUCGCAACGUUGAGCCCUGAUUCUACUAAGAGUUACCAGAAACCUUCCAGGACAAGAUUUGACUUAGAGAUUUUUUGGAUAUUCUCAAAGAAUUAAACACAACAGAAAGCUUCAUUUUACCUUUUUUUCCCAAGAAAACUUGACACAGUUAUUUGUAUUGAAGGAGGUUAAGCCCUCUCUGUUUUGAUACGUGCCGAGUACCAACAGAGAUCACCAUACAAUCUCAGUACAGAAUAUUUUUUAAUCAAACCUUAAACUAUUGAUCAGUGAACAGAAACAUGAUACAUAUAUGAUAAGCUUACUUGAAGUUUGAUUGACGUAUUGCAACACUCUCCCUAUUGCAAAAUGAUGACUAUUCUAACAUGAUUCCUUGUCUCCAUCAUGGCAACGUUCUCUAAAACACAUAGUAGAAUGACAACGGCUAUCACAUUUUCCCACCAAUAUGAUGCUGGUUCAUAUCAUAUGCAUGCAGUACGUAACUACUGGUAGUACUGAGAAAAUCUUGUUCUCGUAGUCAUCCUCACAAAUCAGUCUGACAAAUGUGGUUCAUGUAGGUACAUGUAGCACUGCAAGCCAGUAUAAACAGUGCAUUUCAACUUUGCUUAUUCUUUGUUUUCAGGGGUCAUCAGUAGACUGUUAUAGGAUAGAGGAACUCGAGUCCCAGCUAAGUAGGUACCUUUACUAAGCAGUUACACAACUAUGAUAAUUAUAAGUCUUAUUAUUAUUGUAAUCCACUACCUUGGGAACUGCAUGUAAAGCUCACGAUAACCAUGUAACCAUGCUAUGAGAAUUAUUUGAGGUUGACCCAAAGAAUGGCUUUGGAUAAAAUAGUUUUGACCUUAAAGUUGAUUCGACCUGUUACAUUAUAUAUUGCUUAUCACGGGAGAGCCCAGAAGGUUCUUUGAAGACUGUUAUCUCAGGAUUGCAGCUGGUUGGGCUUCCAAAUACUUUGCCCAGGCUACCAGCCUCCUUCUGGGUAACAGCCUUAACUAAGAGAAUUAUUAUUAAGCUGAUAUUAGUAUAUGGAAUUAUAUACUUCCCCUCAUCUACCUUGCUCCAUUUUCAACUUCACCCUCUUCACGCUGUCACAUAAUGAAUUAAAGUGAUUCUCAUUCAUGUACAUGUAGUUCAGACAUAAACACAAUGAACUUGCCCACAUGUAUUAUCUUUAUAUAUUUAGAACUUUUCGUCUUCCUAAUUUAUGUAGAUCUCAACCGAGAGAAUUUAGUGGGGCUUGCUGUGCUUCUUGGUUGUGAUUAUCUUCCUCAAGGAGUGCCUCAAGUUGGAAAAAUAAAAGCCAUGGAACUGAUUCAAAAUAUCAAACCUGACAACUUAGUUCAAAGGUAGUAUUUGCAUCUGUUAAGUGUACAAAUGUGACAAAAACAAUAAUGAUGAGCACGUACAGCUAGUAUUUCAUUUACCUACACCAAGCAUGACAACUCAUACAACAAUCUGAACAAAUUUUGAAUGAACAGUCAGAUUACCAUCAAGACCAACUUCAACGUCUUUAAGUCCAGUAUUAUCUCAGGGUUGUUGUACUGGUGUGAAACCUGACGGACUGAAGCAUGUGACUCCUUUGUUAUUAAUAUCAUUAAUACCAUCCUUAAAAGUUCCUUUUUUAAUGAAGGUUUCAUAAAUGGACUGCAAUGGGGACAUUCUCCGAUCAAGAUCUUUCACGCAAAGAGAAAUCUAUAAAAUGGUGAGAUAACAGCAAAUUAUGAUUGAAGCAUGAAGUGUACUGUAUCUCUUAAUGUAAGGCAGAAUUAAAUUCAGUUGAAGAGUUUUGACCUAGGUUGAUACUCAGUUUCCUUUGUCUUGUAGCCCUAAUUUAUGAACUUUUAGGGUGGGGUCAAAGAAGAGUCCACCUAAGUGUAAGUUAACACUUUUUUACCUGAAUUUAGUGUGGAUUUAUAUCAUAUCCAUUGUUUUUAUUUUCUGUAUGCAAAUAUUCUACUCCUCAGAGGUAAUUUGCAUGCACAUGUAAAGACAAUAACCAACAAUUCACUCAUAACUUUUGCUCUACAUGUAGAUUAAAGAAAGGACUGUUCUCGUAAACCAGUUCUACCAAUCAAGAUAUCUUUCAUGAAAUCAUAGUGAUUAAAAGCACUCAUCAAUUUGUCGCACUUUAAACCUUUAAUGUCAGCUUGAACAGUUAUUGUACAGUUUGUGCUUAAAAUACAACUUGCAAUUAGUGGAAGACCUGAGUACAGUUUAUUCUGUGUGAGAAAGAAAUGUAUGUUUCAGUAGUUAAACAUUACUGUAAUAUUAUUUUUUCAGUAAAGCCUUGAAGGACAAGAGUUUCCCACAUCCUAAGGUAAAUCAGAGGAUGAAAUUAAAUAAGAUACCUGUGUCUGCUAUACAUGUCUAACAAUGUUCAUGAAACAGUGCUUGGUGCACUUAUUCUAAAUUUACUAUUAAUAUCUAUUUUUUUAUUUUAAUUUAUCAUUUUUUAUUUAAUAUAUUUAAUUUUUAUUUGUAUUUAUUUAUUUUUACUAUUUAUCCUCGGAGAUAUUAGCAUCUUAUUGCUAUCUUUUAAUUCGAGGAUAACUAAAAAUUAUUGAUUGAUUGAUUAUAGUCAUUCUUUAGAGUAAGAAAGGAUAUUAACUGUAAAGUACCUGAAGUAAACUAUAUAAGAAAAUAAGGAAAAUUGACAAUACGCGGUAUUUUCACUGCUACCUAGUAACCUACAUUUGUAUGAAGUUAAAACUGCUUUGAAAUAAAUUUUAGUCAAUAAAAGGAUGAAAACAGUGCUUGCAACUCAUGAUGUGUAUAAUGGAAACGGGGCUGCCAAUUUAAAUCACGGCUUUAUAUUUACAUCGAACAUGCUUUGUAAUCUAUCAUAAAGAGCUUUCUUAAGAAAUCCUGCUCAAUGCAUUUCUGUAAUAAAUUAUUUUACUAAUAUAAUUUUAUGCAUAGGUGAUACAGGAGUAUCUGCAGGAUCCUAAAGUUCCACAACAAUUUUCUUCCAAAACAUUUUGUCCAGAUAUCCAGAAACUCCAGGUGACUACUUAAUUCACAGAGAAUAAAUAAUAAAUUUAAAACAAAAAGACUGAAAUUAUAAAUACACCCAAGAUGUGCCAUUAUUAGUGGUUGGAGGGAAAAUAAUCUCCAUAAAGUUUUAUCAUCAGAUAAAGCUUUAUAUAGGUGAAAGGACAUGAAUUAAAAAGGAAGGGAGAGGUAACUUAGAUAAUCCACAAAAUGUGUGGCCUUAAAAAAAAACCUUUCCAACCCCUUGCAAUCUGAGGUCUCACUAAAGCACUAUGGAAAGCCAUUGAAAAUCAAGAACAAAAAUUUCCUUCAGAUUGGCUCAAUAAUUUUCAUCAGAAUCAAUCUAAUUAUCUAUGGUAAAAUUGUUUAAACCUCACACAACCUGCAAUGCCUUGAUUUGGUAUCACUGAGGGCUAUCACUUUAACCGUCAGUUCUUUAAUCUUUUGUGCGGUUCAUUUAAAUAUUAAUAGGGUGGAAAAAAUAGAACCCGACCAUUUUUCAUAGAAUCUCCAUAUUCUUUUCAUGAGUCUGCAGAUUUUCCUUUAUCAGGGGUUGGAAGGUCUGCCUAAUGACAAUCUUAGAAUCGCUAAAUGUUGUGAUUCUGCUUCCUGAUCUUUGUCUUUUCUUGUUGUUUUGUUUUGUUUUUGCUGCUGAAUAUAUAUGUCUCAUGUCAUCGUUCAAAUAUAUUUAUAUUAUUAUAUUACUGGUAUAUACCUUGUUACAUAUAUAGACUCAUUACUAAUAGUAUUUAUCAUGUAGUGUGAUGUUUUUCUGUUCCGUCAUGUUUGAAAGGAAUUUUGUCUCAAGAAUUUAAAGUGGAAUGAAGAAAAAACAACGGAAAAGGUAUGAAUAUGGAAAAAUGAAUGAUAGCAUACAACUAAAACGAUAAUUUUUGUUUUGUAAUUAGUUUUUAUUAUCCCUUGCAGAUUCAACCAUUGAUUACAUACUGGCAAAUGACAUCAUUGCUUGAAAAAAACAUAACAACCUUUGUCCAGCCUGAAAAGUAAGUCAAUAAACUGUAACUAAUGGUUAAAAGAUUAGAAAUGUUGUGAUUCAAUUUUAUCCUUGGUUUAAUUUUUUUUCUCUUUUGUUUCAAACUCAAAAACAAAAGAAAAUAAAAUUUAAACCAUAAGGAUAAAAUUAAUCCACAGCAUAUAAAUGAAAUUAGGGCUAGGACACAAAGGAAAUUGAGAAUCAACCUGAAAUCAAAUUUGACCUGCAACAUGUAUGUUGUAGUUCAAUUUCAUAUUGUGGAAGCUCUCCUAAUGGACACUCUCGUAAGUGGACAGCUCUACUUACGGCCACCUUGACAAACCCCAUUUUAUUCAACUACCAUGCGAACUCUGUAUUUUUUCUUUCUCGUAAGCUUCUACUGUAUGUUAUAAGCUAUCCCACAGUACUUUUAAGCAGUUGACAGACUCCAACAUUUUAUGCUUAAUAUAAGCUUAUAAUCAUUUUUGGUGUAUUUUUUUUUUCCCCAGGAUAGUGAAAGCUCGAGUCCAGCAAAAAGUAGAGUGUUAUGAAGUUGAAUGGAAAAACUUAGAACUAGGUGAAGCAUGUCCACCAUAUUUUGUGACUGUUGAGCCCAGAGAGGUGAAUGUGAUAUUAAACUGUUAUAAACAAAUAAACUUAUUGGUUGUUAAUUCACCAAAAUAAUAUCACAAGGCUGUGCUCUAAGAAAAAUUGAAGAGAGACCAGUGCUCUGAACUUGUAAAAUCCAGGGAGCCCAGCAUAUGAUUUGCAUGAAAAAGGUAAGAUUUUCUAGUCGCCCAACAGCAAAAGUAAGGUGCCACAGGCCACUUAGUGCUGCUAGAGUCACAGCUAGCCCUGGACUCCCGUUGUACAGUUAUACCCUCCUUGUCUUUUGUUCUGCUGGGUUUUCUUACAUGUAUAUAGGAGUCCUUUAUAUUGGGAUUUCACUGUGACCAUUGAUACUUGCCAAUUAUCGCACUUUAGGCAUCAUUUAUUGAGAGCAAAAAUAUAACCCUGAUCUCAGAAGCUUGUGGACCAAUUUCUCUUGCUUGGUAGAAACAUUUGACUUAUAAUGACAACAUUGGAACAUUUUUGAAACAUAAUUAAGUAACACGAACUAUAGAAUCAAAGUAAGAAAGCAAAACUUCACGUGAAUAUAAUUCGUACUUAUACCAGGGGUAAAUUCGAGACUUUGCGAGACCCUGGACAAAAAAAUUCGACACUGAAACUUCAAAAUCUUCCAGCCUCCAGGACAAAGAAUAACCUGAAAAUAAGACUUUAAGACCCACCACAAAAGCUUCCGGGAUUUCAAGAUUGGGCAAAAAUUUUCCGAGACCCACAUUUUUCGAGAACUGACAUUCCAUGCCCUUUAUAACAAAAUCUCUAAUUUUAGAAGUCUUGAGAACUUUGGGUCUCUUUGGAAUGCCUUCAAAAGUCUUUGGGCAUCUUUCCUCUAUGAAAAAUCCUGGCACUCACCCUGGUAGCGAAACAAGAAAAUGUAAUGUCUUUGUCUACUUUUCUCAUUAUGCUUUCUUAUGAAUGUACCUUUUUUUUUGUCUUUUUUAGCUUUUUGCUCAGGUAUAUCCUGAUCCUGUGAAAAAAUUUAAUGAAGAACAAGCUGAACAAACUUCUAAAAAACAGAGUGAGUAUAAGAAGAGUUUCAGGUUUUUUUUUUCACUUAUAUCACGUGUUUCCAACAAGCACUAGCUGUUCUUUUUUUUUCCCAAUCAAGUUUAAAAUUUGAUACCAUUGCAUGCUAGGCCUGCCGGUGUAAUUUUUGGCCAAAACAGGUCUAAACGGCCGUCCUGUCCCAGGCUUCAGCCUAUGCAGAAGUUAGUUCCUAGAGGAGAGAAAUGCUUUUGUUCUUGACGUAGGAGGGGAAGGGGGUGUUCGAGAUCACGGAAAGCUUUGCUAAUCAAAUGAAUUAGUAUCGUGAGCUCAGAAGCGCUUUCCUACAGGUAGGGAUCUUUUUGGUCCGAUUAUAGAACAGUUGUUAAGAUAAUUUAAACCUUGGUUAGCAAACGUUCCGCGCUUAGUUAUUGCUGUUGGGUUUUCUAACAUACUUUAAUGAACAAAUAACUCACUCAGGUUUAAUAAUUAGAUUAGCCAGACUUGCGCUUGAUAUGAAUGCACUGACCAAUACUUCCUAGGAGAAAGGACCGGAAAACUUCAACUCCUGUGACCUCACUCGCUGUACAUUUGCUUGGUUUAACUGCUCGUAUUCCUAAUGACAUCUUCGUCAGGUUUCAAUCAUACUUAGUGCACAAAGAUCAAAAUACCGAAAAUCUUAAUAAUGCUAAUGAAACUUACAGAGCAGAUGAUGUCGUCCAGGUUCCUAACUUAUAAUCGCCUCCAGCCUUAAUUCUGUUUUACAAUAUGGAUUCAGACUUUUUCGCAGGCCGUACUCUUCGAAGCCGGCUCUCGACUAUUAACGAGCCAGACUGAGCAUUUUGAGCUUUGGCCAGCGACAAAUCCGAUACCAAGUUCUUUUUGACCAACAAGCGGAUAACUGCCGAUCUAAAUCUUCUGUAUUUAAUAGAAUAUAUAAUUGGAUUGCAGCAACUGUUUGUAAAUCCAACGAACAUUGCCAAGGUACCGUAUGGGCCCCUUACUUUUUCUCCUGUUCCAAUCUCAAUAAAAAGCAAAAUGCAGAAGGGAGACCAGCAGAUGAAGUACACCAGAGUCACUGUUAUUAAGGUUACCAAUCCCUUGUGUCGGUUCAUUUUGUUAGCAAAUUUAGUUUGCUUUGUUUUAUGAAACAAACCAAACUGUUCGAUUUCGUUUCGUGAUUUCUGAUCCUCACCACUUGCAACUUCUUGGGUGCGCUGAAGCUGAUUUCGAAUAACGCGCCCGAUCUUGAAAUAGACGAAAACCAUAGACAACAAAGCUAUUCCAUAUGUGCCCGACACAACGGAGAUCGCGAACGCAAAGUUCAAACCAAAUUUGGACCAAUCCUUUGCCUCACAAGUGCCGAUAUAACUGAUGAAACAUUCGUAUGAACUCACUCCAAAUAAUGGCAAAAAUGCCCAUAAAGCUGAAUACAGCCACAUAGCCAAACAGAGAAAAAGAGCCCGCGAUUUUGUCAUCUCCAUCGGAUAAUACAGUGGCCGGGCAAUAGCCAUAUAACGGUCAACUGAGAGCAUCAUAAGAUGCAUUAUAGAGGAUAUGCAAAACAGAAAGUUUCCAAAUCCAUUAAGCCUGCCCCAUACAUGUCCACAUCGCCACUUGCCUGUGUUAACAGCGUCCAGCGCACAAGGCAUCACCAGCGCGGCUACCAGAAAGUCCGCUAUAGAUAGAGAAAUCAAGAAAUGCGAGUUCGCAACGUAUCUAAACACGCUUGAAUACUUUAUAACGACCACCACCACGACGUUCCCAAUGACUGUUAAUACAAAGACGAUGGUCAUGAAAACCACGAUUAGAAUUUUCCAUGCUUGCGGAAUGUUGACUAGCUUGAUGUCGUCUUCGGUCUGCGAAGCUCCUUCCGUCAGUGGAAGUGUUGUGUUCAUUAACGUUUUCUGUUGAAAGUAGAAAAUCAAAACUCGCUGUUUAGUUGUUGUAUUGCUUUACUGAGUUGUGUGCUCUCGUUUCAUUAUUAUUCUAUGAGUUCGCUCUGAUGUUACCUUUUUAAAAGCCGAAGUAAUGCGAAGCUAUUUGCAUAUAAACACAUGAAGGGCGGCAAAUUACAGAAUCAUUACAAAGGAGUAAUACACCUGAUUAAUCAACACAGGUUAUUCGUCAGGAUAAAUCAUAAACAUUCAUUUUUAAAAGAGAGCAGUGAGGGUUUAAUGAUCUGCUGUGUUUUCUUUGCCCAAUAUUGUUCAAUAUUUCCUUUCGUUGUAAUUUGCAAGACAAAUUCAGUGAGUCUCAUUUUGUCGGCAAAAUUUUUACAGCUGUCGAGGAAAACCCUAUAAUAUAAAAACCUUUCAGUGAGACCCUUUCGUAAAAGUUGCAUAUUUGUUUAAUAUUAUCGACCAUUCUAACAUAAAAUCCGAAGUUUGUUUCAAUUUUAAUGUCGGGUACUAAUGGGAGAGGGGGCAGCAUGAGUAAAACUGAGAAAGAACUAGCUUCUCUAAAGUUGGUCGAGCAAUGUUACUUUAAAGUACUUGGGGUGCUUUUACUGAAAUUCUUUUGGAUAAGGAAUUCUUAUAAACGUAGAAACCCGUCUGGUCCGUCUGCUAAAACACAGAUGGUCAACCCUACCGAAGUUUGGCGAGAACGAUUUUUACAUAUAUUCACUCUUUACUUCACAAGUUAGUUCAAAAAAGCUAUUUUUUCUCAAGGCAGCGGCCAGGUGCGCCUGUCUUGCAUCGGGAGAAAUGGUCGGACAUUUACGCGUAUCAAUGAGCCAUUGAAGUGGGCUGAUCAGGCAUGAAUGUGCCAAGAAAGCGGCAUAAUAAUAGAAAAAACGGGCGAUUUUGGCGGAGCAGAGUGACUAAAAUUGUCAUUUCGGUACUUAAAAAGAUGAAUUCUUUAACAUUAUAGAGCGGAUUCUUUAAGUUAAUGGAUUUAAGUAAAGUAAAUUAGAAUUGGGUGCAGACUUUUAACACUGAAAAUCAGGAUUUUUACAGUAUUUUCGGUAUGGAGAACGACCCUUGUCCAGGUUAAACAUCGAAUUUCUUCAAAAAUAAUCACAAAUCUUCAGAUUAUAGAGCGGAUUAUUUAAGACAACGGCCUUACCUACACGUGAAAAUUUGACUCGAUUAAGUUACAGACUUUAAAGUUUGAAAAUAUAAAGUGUAAAGUUAGCGCGCAGUCGGAGUGAAGUCAUUGUCUUUGCAGUCUUUGUCGAAAUAAUGGUUGCCCUGAAAAAACAAUACGCAGUCGCUUUGAAUAGCUGACAACAUUGAGAAGCCAGUCGCGCGCGAAAUUUAAAGACAUCAAAGCACUUGCGGCUUUCGUUUGCUUCUCCGACAAAAUUGCUUUCAAGAUAUCUGAUUCACGCUUUUUAGUUAUACAGUUUCGGUUAUGUUAUAAGAUCAAUUAGGGUCAGACUGGGUUAUUGGCGGUUUCAUCUGCGCGAAUGUGACCAUUUUCGACUCUGUUUUCGACUGAAAAUUUACAUAGAGCCUCCAAUUCUCUUUAUAGAGCGCGGUUCAACUUUUACAAUAAAUAUUUCUUGCUAUCGUUGUCUAUAUCAAACGUCCCUCUUUUUUGACUUCAGCCUCUUUAUUUCGCGUCCCACCGGUAUAUUCAGGAGACUAAUUUCCGAAGCGAAAGGGCCUAUUCUAAACUUCGAACUGAUCACUCUAGUUGUGCGUUAUCUUCGCCCACAUGUAAUUUAUUAAAGGGAAACUGACUUCUUUUUUGACUCCAUUUUUUCUCUAUAGGGUAAUCAGUCAGAGCUCCGUCAAAACUCUAAUGCGAGGAAACGAACUAAAAUUUUCGACUCAUCUUUAAGUCAGCUAUCUGUAAGGAAUAAUCAAAAUGCGUAAAGGUGUGAUCUGGCCUCACAAAAGGGAAAACAACAGAGAGAUUGGGCUACUGUUAGAUUCACCCGCCUACUUCACGAUGAAGAGUACUGCCGCGCGUUCAUGGUAACCAAUGAAAAAGACUCCUGUUCAGCGUUUUAGAAUAACAAUAAGCGAUAUGACAGACCUAGAAGCUUUCACCGACUGUAAGUAAAUGUCCCCCAGAACAAUGGCCACUUCUCCCGAUCGGGCGGAUGUAAAUUCUUCGAGAAAAAACUCUAUUGUAUUGAUCCCCAACAUUACCGCCUUGUCACGUGAGUGCAAAAUAAGAAUUGUCGUAUGCGUUCACCAAAACUUUUGCUGCUUGUGUUCCUGUUCGCUUUUAUUUUUUUCACUGCCGCUCAUUUUCACCUUGCUGGCCGCUAGCGUUUCUCAUUUGCUCACCGCCGCUAUGAAAUUUUCGUUUUUCUUUCAACGAAACUCGUCUCUUUUGUUUUUAAUCACUUGCUCUAGCUCUUUCUCUGUUAUCCACGUGAGUGUAGACAUGAAACAAACUAGACUUUGUUGUAGUUUUUUCUCUCUAACAGUCCGGGUGGCCGUGCGAUUUCCCGCCCAAAAAACCCUCGAGUUGCAUUUAGGUUGCCAUACCUGUUGAUUGAGUUAUGUAACAUUGGUAGGCCUGUGGUGUGGACGGACGGGCGGACGGACGGUCACAUGACUUCCAAACAGGGCGGAUAAAGGUUGGGCGGUGAAACGAGCGCUCCGCUCUUCAUUUAAUGUGUGAUGCGGAGUAGGACUGGCACGAGCGCUCUUUCCGCGCUUCCGGUGCGCUUGAAGGCCGGCGAAAUUUUCCUUUUUGCAAACCGGAAAUCCUAUUUUCUUUCUGUAAUUUCAGGCUACAAUGUUAAAUAGAUAAAUUCGUUUCAUAACAAUAUCAAUAAACAGUUUCAUAUGUUUGUGACUGUACGCCUAUAGGUCAAACUUGUUGGUCGUAUAAUGCCAAAAUUUGAGUUUAAUUUGAAAGUGUUGAAUACCUCCUCCUUCCACUAAAUAUCACCUAAUCGUCUUUCACCGUUUCGUUUGCAAAAGCUUAACACUUCUUAACCUCAAUUUUUAAAUAUGUUAAAGGGGGAUAAAUUUUAUACAACAUAACAAAAAAUUAGAUUGAUAUAUAUUGAUAUAGUGGCGUUGUACUUCUUCAAACUUUGCUUCUCGUUUGCAACGCGACAUGGCGAUUCGCGCAAUGCGUUGCAAAUCCGGCAACUGAAUGUAAACAAAAUUUAUUGAGGUUAGUUGUAAGGUUUUUUCUCCGUUUUUCUCUCUAAAACAAAACAAGGUAAACAGUAAAAACUGAGGGGAAACUAAUUUUGAAGUUUCGAAGAAACAGAAAGACGUAUGAGAAGUUUUUUCAAAAUUAAAAAGAAGGAUGAUGGUGAUUGAAAUUAGCAUAAUUUCACCUUGCACGAGCUGCACGCAUUUAUAAAAUAUACGUCAUCUAGUUAUGAAACACGAUCUGCUGUCUUUUAGUUUUGCCAUGGAUGACAUGGAUGAGAUUUUCCUUUGUGCUUUAGACAGUACUUAGUUGUUUUUGUUUUGGAAUAACAUCGACAUUGGCGAGUAGCAGAACGAAAAUAUAAUUCAGUGGUAGAGUCAUGGAAGUAAUAAAAGAAACCCUUUGAAAGAGAUGUUUGUCUACUCCAACUAAACCUCCCGCAAAAAAUAGCAACAUUUGCCUCUCGGAGACAGCGUACCAGCACAAAGGAACGAGGAAGAAGUGCAAGAAAACAAAUCAAGGCGCCAUAAUUCAGUGACAGCGGCAGUGUCUUAUGUACAAACCACAUCGCAAGCCCCGACCGAAGUCGAAGACAAGCAACAUUUCUAAACAUAGUCCCAGUCCACUGCAUCACACCUUUUUGCUCGGACGCGCUCGUUUCACCGCCCUACCUUUAUCCGCCCUGCUUCCAAAUUUUCUUGAAUGCAUAGGUAAUCAAAUUUUUCUACCCGUGGUGCUACGCGGCUCGUGCGAGAGCUAUAAAAGUUAAAAUUUAUUUACAAAUUGUUUUGCUUUUGUGCGCUUUGUUUACAUCAAGGUUGUACCGAAGCUUAUAGGUGCCAUCCGACAUCCAACAUCCGACAUCGGACAUCCGAGAUUCGACAUCCGACAUUCGACAUCCGACAACCGACAUCCCAGAUUUGACAUCCGAGAUUCGACAUCCGACAUCCGACAUUCGACAUUCGACAUCCGACAUCCGACAUCCGACAGCCGACAUCCGAGAUUCGACUUCCCACAUUUGAAAGGAUGGCCGUGAUGUGUAGUGCCUGGGAUCAAGGUAUCUACGUAGUGAGGUUUGAAAGGAAACAAUUCAGACUAAUCUGGUUUUGUUUAAUAUUUUUAUCAUUUUGCAUUGUUGCGAAUGCGUAUUACCCCGGUAUGCUCCUUCAUUAGGAAACGUGCGGCGAAGUUGUAUCCUUUUCAGGUCUGUACGAUGAAUUUAAACCAUUUGCUCUUGCACAUGUACUUUUGUGCUUGUAAGUAAUAUGAUAAUUUCAAGACAUAGCAGGCUUUAAUCCAUUAAGUUUGGAAUGUUUUAGGGCCUGUUUACAUGGAGGUCUGGGACCCCAGGUAGGUGAGGUAACCCGCUAAGGUGGGGUGAAAAAAUAACUCCCCUUUACAUGCCACGCCAUCCCGGGGUGCACUUUCUCGAGAUCAUUGAAUGGUCGCUAAGCACGUAAACAUGAAAAAUGCUGGCAAACCACGUGUUUUAGCGAUUAAUGCUCUUCUACACUCACUUGCUGUUGUUGCUGCAACCUUCAGUGCUGUUCUAUUGUUACCUUUAAUAAUGAUGCAAAGCCACCGCCAAAGUGAAUUUUGCGCGAAUUUGAUGUAUCACGAAUCCGACCCCGGGCAGGCGGGUUACCCCACCUUGAAACGUCUGCAUGGCAAAAUUUGACCCCGGCUGAAAGAGUUACCCGGUCUGGCCUCACCUAAACGGGUUACCUGACCUACCUGGGGUUCCCCACCUCUAUGUAAACAGGUCCUAAGACGUGGAAUGGUUCGUUAAGAGUUGUAUCCCAAGGGCUCUCUCGUCUGUUCUUGAAAACUUUCGCCGCCGUUUUAUCGGACCCAACUAACCACCCCUGGAUCUCCGAGCAUGUAUCAUAGCAAGCGCAGAUGACAACACUCUUCUCAUUCCGGAUCUCCCUAACUUUUAGAGUUUUCUCUAUAGAACACCUGACAUAUUUUAUGUUUAUGACACACAGUAAGCGGUUCAGCGCCUCUCAAAAACUCGAGGUAUAGGUUCCUUGAACCAGCGUGCACAAUGAGGACAUGUAGCACACUCGCGGUUUUGAAUUUGAUUAGGAGAAUUUUGCUGUGUUAUAAAUCAGUUAAAUAACAAAGGCCGUCUCGUUUCUCUCAUAAUGGACUAUACAUUAAAUUAGACAAGAGACGAGAGUCUUAUGAAUACAGUUCAGUUUCCAAGUUAACCUUUUUUUUUGCCUAUCAUUAUCGUCACGAACCACUCACGUUAUGUUUUACAGUGUAUCUUCGGAAAGUCAGUGACUCAGAUCAGUUACUCGAGCCUAGCCAUGAAUAUGGCCCCCUACUUUUCGUUUUUUUUUUCUUUUUUUUUCUGUAAAAUCUUCGGCAGGUGACAACACUUUCACAUCUCUCGUUUCAAGCUGAUUGUUCUGUAAACUGCGUUGACAGUGUAAAUCUAAGAGUUGAGCUUACUAGAAAUCUUCCCUGCUGAUGGAGUGUUGAAGUUAUUCUCAAGAUCGAGUAAAAGGUUAAGAAUUAUUUAUCAACCUUCCUCACUUGAAAUCCCGCACUUGACAACUCCAGAGUCUUGUUCAGCGCCUGAUUACAUGAGCCAGGCUGGCUUGGCUGGCUAGCCUCGUUUAUGGGGAUCACGGGACCUCAGGCACAGGUACCACAACUAACUUUGUUAUUUCUUGACCACUAAACCAGCUUGCCAACUUGACAAAAAGACCCAACCCUGCAGACAGAGCGAGCCGGCGCUCCGGGGUCAGGUAGUGAGUCCUUAGUUGUGCCACGCUUUGUUUAGACAAGUUUUCCACGUGAAUCUAAUCAGUUACACGGUUUCUAGCCAAGUCAACAACGAUGCAGGUGACGAUUAUCUUGGAUAUGUUCAGUCGUUAGGUGUUAUCAACUGUAGUUCUCUUCCAUAAAAAGGUUAUUGAUAUGCAGGUGAGGUGAGAUUUUCGCUGAAUUACACAUACUUCAAAACGAUAUUCUAAUUGAAUCUGCCCAGGGCCCUAAAGAGAUGUGGCGCUCACUGAAUUCAGUUUUGGGUAAUAAGAAAGAAAACUUGGCAUGUCAAGUGCAAGACGGGGAACGUAUCAUAUCAGAACCAAAUGCCGUCGCCUCUAAAUUUAACAAGUUCUUUGCAACCACUGGAUGUUGCAUCGCCAAAAAAUUGGGCUCUGCAUCGAGGGAAGAAGUGAAGAAGUACGAAUCUGUUAUGCAAGCCGAUGGUGAAUGUCUAUGCGACCUACAAUACGUCAGAUCUGGCGUUCGUUGAAAGUCAACAAGGGAGCUGGAUUGUUCAAAAUACCAGCCGCCGGUAUUUUUCUUGUUUAGGCCUACAAACAAAGAUUUAUAUUUUAAAAACUUAAAAAUGGUCCGACCUCCCGUGCAGUAAAGUGGGUACUUACCUGAAUUACCGAGAGAGAAUCAAAUUUACACUUUAGCAUGUUCCAGACCGAGAGACAAGUAAGUGGAACCUGUAAGCAUUAUUUUCAAUACGGUCAUUCCGGUAUACCGGCUCUUGGUAUACCCUAUGAUUGAUCAAUUUUGACCGUUCACGUCAACCGUGUGAAUAGCUUGACUCAAAGAAAAAACACUGUAGCAAGCGUGUGAAAACCUCCUACUCAGCACUUUUUGACAUUUUAAAUUUUGUCAUUUUGACAUGAGAAAAGGUUUUUCUGUUAGAUGGCGGACUGUGAUAUUUGUAAAGAUGCUUACAGGCUUUUCCCUUCUCUCUUCCUACCGUUUUUCCCUUGCUCGUUUUCUCAUUGCUUCCCCGCUUUUUCCGCUCGUCAGCACUGGCCGAGCGGCCUGGCACAGGCUAAUUUACACAAUUCAGCUAUUAUUUUGGGACAGGAUGGCAGUUAAGAACUGUUUCAGUGGUCAAUAUUGGACAAGGUGGUGGAGUUUUUCUUUAAAAAGGUUACAUGUAUGUACAGUACCUACUUCUUCUUUGUCAUCGGGUAUAUAUCUUUUGACAAUUUUUUUUUUUCACUUCUUCGGUCACAGAAAAAUCCAACUGUACCUCCAGAACAAAGAAUUCAAAACGUGAAGGUUGGUGA